AUGUCACAAUUUGUUGGUUUCGGUGUACAAGUGGAGCUAAAAGACGGGAAGCUCAUUCAGGGGAAAAUUGCCAAGGCAACUUCAAAAGGAUUGACUUUAAAUGACGUUCAAUUUGGCGAUGGUGGUAAAUCUCAAGCUUUUAAAGUGAGAGCAUCUAGACUCAAGGAUUUAAAGGUUCUAACUGUUGCCUCUCCAGCUGGUAAAAGAAAGCAACAAAGACAACAACAACAACAACAACAACAACAACAACAACAACAACAACAACAACCAAAUGAUUAUAGUCAAAAUCGUGGCGAACAUAUUGAUUGGCAAGAUGACGAUGUGAGUAAGAUAAAACAACAAGAAGAUUUUGACUUUCAAAGAAAUUUGGGCAUGUUUAACAAGAAAGACGUUUUUGCGCAAUUAAAACAAAAUGACGAUAUACUACCAGAGAAUAGAUUACAGGGACAUAAUAGAAAACAACCUCAGCUGCAACAAAAUAAUUAUCAGAACGAUGAAUUGGUUAUUCCAGAUGCAAAGAAAGACUCUUGGAACAAAAUUUCUUCAAAAAGCGAGCAAAGCGCGCAGCAACCUCAGCCGCAACAAGAUCAAGAUGAUGAAUUGUUGGAAGAUGAUGACCAUGAAUAUGACGUGGAUGAUAUCGACGACCCUAGAUACUUACCAAUAACUCAGUCUUUGAACAUCACACAUUUGCUUCACUCCGCAACUAGUUCUCCAUCUAUAGAUGACAAAACUAAAAAUACAGUUAUAAACGAUAAGGACCAGGUACUAGCUAAAUUAGGUCAGAUGAUCAUCAGUCAAUCGAGAUCGAACUCAACGUCCUUACCAGCUGCAAACAAACAAACAACCAUAAAAUCAAAGAACACUAAGCAAACCAUCCCGAUGGCCACCCCAGUUCAACUACUAGAAAUGGAGAGUAUUACAUCUGAAUUUUUCAGUAUUAAUUCAUCCGUAUUAUUAGAAAAUUUUGCUGUAAAUGCAUCGUUCUUUCUUAAACAGAAGCUAGGUGGCCGUGCACGUUUACGUUUACAGAAUUCUAACCCGGAACCUUUGGUAGUAAUACUAGCCUCAGAUUCCAACAGAUCUGGUGCCAAAGCUUUGGCGUUGGGUAGACAUCUUUGCCAGGCGGGUCAUAUUCGUGUUAUAACAUUAUUUACAUGCUCUCAAAAUGAACUACAAGACCCCAUGGUUAAGCAGCAAACGGAGGUCUAUAAAAAGUGUGGCGGAAAGAUCGUGAAUAGUGUAUCUUCGCUUGAAUCUGCCAUGGAGACAUUAAACAGCCCUGUGGAAAUUGUCAUUGAUGCCAUGCAGGGCUACGAUUGCACAUUAAGCGAUCUGGCAGGUACAUCGGAAACUAUUGAAACCAGAAUCAAAAGCAUGAUAUUAUGGUGUAACAAACAGCGAGGCUCCACCAAAGUAUGGUCUCUGGAUAUUCCAAAUGGGUUUGAUGCGGGCUCCGGUCUGCCAGAUAUCUUUUUCUCUGAAAGGAUUGAAGCCACAGGGAUUAUUUGUUCAGGCUGGCCGUUGAUUGCCAUCAAUAAUUUGACGACAAAUUUACCCAGUCUAGAAGACGCUGUUUUGAUCGAUAUGGGUAUUCCACAGGGUGCCUAUUCACAAAGAACUUCUUUGCGCAAAUUCCAACGCUGUGAUCUCUUUGUUACUGACGGGGCUUUACUGCUGGAUUUGUAA